UUGGCAACACUGCUGUCAGUGCAAAAGAGAUUUGCGGCUGUUUUUCUUGUUGGAAAAGUGCGCAAAAAAGUGUCUAAAAAAGUGGUUUUGUGUGCCGGAAAAUUGUGAAAAAUCAUCCAAAAAGGUGUUUAAGUGUGUCCUGAGGGAGAUUUCGUAGAAAUUCCUGGUGAAAAAAUCUGUGUUGUGGGUGAAAUCACACCUGAUAAGUUUCACUCGUGUCCGGAAGUGCAGCAAGAGCCAGAGAGAGAAUGCCGUCUGCAGCCCCACCAGCAGCUGAAAAUGGUGCUCCGGUGCCGAAAACAGAAUUGCAAGAGUUGCAACUCAAAGCACAACAGCAAACAGAUGAGUCCCUGGAGAGUACACGUCGCAUGUUGGCGCUAUGUGAGGAGAGCAAGGAAGCCGGGAUUCGUACCCUGGUAGCCCUUGACGAUCAGGGAGAGCAAUUGGAUAGAAUUGAGGAGGGAAUGGAUCAAAUUAACGCCGACAUGCGAGAGGCUGAGAAGAACUUGAGUGGGAUGGAAAAAUGCUGUGGAUUGUGUGUACUUCCAUGCAAUAAGAGUGCAUCGUUUAAGGAGGACGAUGGAACCUGGAAGGGUAAUGAUGAUGGAAAGGUGGUGAAUAACCAACCACAGAGAGUUAUGGAUGACCGCAACGGUUUGGGUCCUCAGGCAGGAUACAUUGGAAGGAUCACAAAUGAUGCUCGUGAAGAUGAGAUGGAGGAGAAUAUGGGACAAGUUAACACAAUGAUUGGAAACUUGAGGAACAUGGCACUGGAUAUGGGAUCAGAGCUGGAGAACCAGAAUCGGCAGAUUGAUCGAAUCAACCGCAAGGGUGAAUCUAACGAGACGAGGAUAGCCGUUGCAAAUCAACGUGCUCAUCAGCUACUCAAGUAAAGUGUUUGAAGAGGGAUGCACCACGUCAAUCAGCUCAUUUAAAAUAUUUUCAAAAAUUUUGUGUUACAGUUAAGGAUUCUCGUACGAAAAAAUCUAUUUGUUAUGGAGACUUUGAUGGAGAGCUAAAUGGAUAAGAUGGGAUUUUUGUUUAUUUGAAAAUCUCACACACAUAACACUACACAAGCAAAAUCACACAGUGGAUAAACCAUUUUAAUUGCGGGCGAGAUACAUACCAAAAAAUGAGAUGAACGAGAGUGUGAUGUGAAUGGCUAAAGAUGUCGUAUUUUAUCAACACCUUUUACCCUAAAAAAAAAACACGAUAAAAGAAGAUAAAUUACCAAGUAAUGGUUUGCAUAAAUGUUUUUUUUCUGUAGACUUUUUGUUGGACUAAAAUGUCUCUUUUUUUGUUUGAAACUCCAAAACUUUUUUUUUUGAAUUCUUCUGUCCCGAGAUGAAGAAGUAAGUGAAAUCUAGAAAAAAAAGAUAAUAAUUUUGAAAAGCUUUUGAGAACAAUGAGAUCUUUUUUUUUUAAAGUAGAAGUUGCGUACUCGCUGCUUUUUUUUUAAAUUGAGUUUGAAGAAAUAAUCUUCAUUUGAACAGAAAAUGAUAGAAAAAAAUUGAAAAAAGUCACUAUAAUUUUGAGAAAGUUUUUUAUGCAAUAAAUCUUGCAAGAUAAAAAAAUUAAAGAUGAGAAAAUACUGUGCCUUGAGGUUUUCUUUCUCUAAUAAAACAUUCCUUUGACAUCUGAAAAUUUUCAUUUUUUCCAAUAAAUUUUCCGUUUAGAGUGACUUUAGUAAGUGAAAAUACUGAUAAUUGUUUUUCAGUUUUUUUGCAUUGAUUUGCUGAUAAAAUCAAUGCAUUUUCUUUACACUUCUAAGGAGUGAAAGAUAAGGAAAAUUUUCCUCAGAGACAAUUUAAAAAAAAAACCCACUUUUUCUGUCCAAAUGUCGAUAGAUUUACUAAAAAAAAAGAAUAGAUUGAGUAAAUAUUUGAUUCGCGUGUGUACAGUAGGACAAAAAUAAGAGUUGACAUUGUUGUAAAAAUAAACACAGUCCGGAAGAGAUUAGAGCUUCCAGCUGGUAGAAUUUUUUUUAAUCUGCUCAGUAGUUAAAAAUGAAAUUUUAGAUGAAAAAUUCACAAUUCUUUAAAAAAAACACUAAUCGGCACGUUUGCAAAUUAUUUUUUUACACUUUAUUUUUGUUUUCUUUUCCAUUGGCUUAAGUAUAUUAAAAAAAAAACUACAUAAAGAUUAAGGAAACAGAAGAAAUUUUAGUGAUACAAGGUAUUACUAUAACAUAGAAUUGAGAAAAAUUUGAGAAAAUAUUUCUUAGUGUGUAGAGAAAAGUGUAAAUAAUUGAUGAAAACCAUUCAAUAAGUCCAUUAAUCUUUUUUUUCAAUUUUUUUUUAAAAAUAUUCACUAACAUUCAUUUGAUUUAAUAAUUAUUUUGAAUCCCAUUUUAUGUGUGAAAUACUUCGGUUUCCCUUGGGCCAAUUAUUGUGAAAUAAAUCGCUGACUUAUCAUUUAUUAAAAUCUAAUACAAAUUUCUGGAGAGGAAAUUUUUUUUUAAAUAGGUUGUAUUAAAAAGUGUGACGGAUAACCUAAUGAAAUUACGUAACUAUUAACAAUGUUGUACAAAUUGUGUGAAAUUCACUAACAGUGGUGCUUUGUUGUCCUGAAAAGAAAAGUUUGUACCGAUGUUUGCAAAAGCUGCUAAAAUGAAAUUUAUUAUCAUAUAGAUUUCACAAAGGUAUUGAUUCUUUUGUUUACAAAAGCUAACAAGACUUUUCUGAAAUUUAUAUUAAUAUAAAAGUUUGGAAAAACUUCAUAAAAAUCGGUAUAAUCCUUGGUUUUAUGCUUGAAAAUCGUAGAUCAGAAAGCAGAAGAAAAAAAAAGAAUCUCUACCGGGAUUUGAACCCUUGUAUUUUCGUGUACGGGAUCCAUAAAAUUAAGUUAUGAUUUUACCCCUAAACUGCGAUUCACAGAACUACAAAAAAUCAAUAUUUUCGUGAUACAAAAAACGAUUUCGAAUUAAAAGAUUACAAGGAAUGAUGAAUAUUCUAAAUAUCUUUGAAAUAAUUCGUUUUCAAAGUGAUCUUGGUUGGUGAAUUGUAAAGUGUUUCAGGCAGCUUCAGUCGUGGGUUCAAGCCUGAUAAGUUUCCAAUUUUUUUCUUGUGUUUUAUCAAUUUAAAUUCGUCUAGAGAAAUAAAUAAUGACAAUAAAAUAGAAAAAUGAAUUACAUUUACGUGUGAGCGUGGUACAUAAUGGGUUUUCACAGGAAGGGAUAUACUGGGUCGAGACCAAAUUUACUAUCUACAGAUACAAGCUGAGAAGAAAAACUGUGAUUAAAUAGUCAAAUUAGUAAAUUACACAGCUGAAUAGAAGUGCUAGGAACGGGACGUAAAUAUGAUAAAAAUAAGAAUUGUCCAAGGUAUCCAGGGUAGCCAGGGUUUUCGGUCUGCCAAGGCAUCCUACAAGCUUUUUGGUCUCAGUCUCUUGCCCUGGUCAUCAAAUAAUUCAACAUCGAAAGUAAAAGCGUUUUGCUCUUUGUCAGAUACCUAGAGAACCUAGACGACCUAGACCUUCGUUAUAUCCAACUUCCGGUUACAAUCACAGGGUUUAAUUUAUACAACUAACUGGCAGGGUGGGUGGGCUUGAUCGCAGACUUGGUUGACAACUGUUGACUUACGAGUAUUUGACAACAAAGGAAACUAUUUGAUAUGAGAACAGUUUAGCCCAGUUCCUGAAAGUCUCAAAAUCCUAAAUAACAAGUAAUUUCACUGGUUUUCCAAAAUGUAAUUGAUCAUUUACCCUUAAAAUCUAACUUAUAUCAAAAUUUUUCAAAGAACCUUAAAUGAUAAGAAAUUACAGAAGUUAAGCCAUACGGCUAAGUUUUAGGUUUGAAUGCUGUAUUAUACGGGCUUCAGACCUAAGGCUUAGUCAUAUGGUUUAAUUGCUCUCAUUUUUUAUCAAUCACGCUUUUUUGGAAAAAGUUAAAGUAAAAUUGGAUUAUCAAAGAUAAAUGAUAUAUUAGGUUCUCAAAAACCAAUAAAAUUCUUUGAUGUUUAAUAUUCAAGACUUUCGGGAACUGAACUAAACCUCUAGUUCGAAGACCGCUUUACGUUAUCCAAACAAGUAAUAACAGUUUUGCGGAUACAGCAUUUCAUGAAGGGACCCCGUUUCCUCGCAAAUCUAUUUUUUAAAUUCCUUUAAAAAAGCUCCGAAGCUUUAUUAGCCAGAAUGCAGUCGGUCUAUCGAAGGCUAGAUCAACCCGGUCUUUUCGAAAAGUAGCGUCUAGGCUUAGGCCUCGAUAUGCCUCACGUACCUCAUAAUAAGAUUGCUUCUGGAAUCGUUACUUCUGACAUAAGGGAUCAAUAAUAUACCAAAGAAUCUUUUCUAAAACACGCCUAAGUCUGUAACUUUACUCGCUACAGAUCUAGGCUUUACAGACAAUUACGGGAGUUGUCUCCUGAUGAUUGAAGAGUGUUUGGUGCUGUGUCUCCGAGGUAUUUGUAUGAGCACCUUGGAACCCUCCCGCCAAGUUUGGAGGAUCCCCCAAUAAUGAAACCCAGUUUUCUUUGACAUCACUCGACCACUGAGGAAGACACGGAGCAUGUCGAAAGCUCUGGAGAAGAGUGAGUUUUUUUAUCUUUUGGGUUGAAGACUCCACAGUUUGUGUUGCCGCAUCCGGACGGAGCUUCCUCCGAAAAUUUCCACUGAAGCUGAACGGCAAUUCCCCCACGAAUUACGUGACUUUUCUUAGACAUUCGGAACUAUAAAACUCUGAACACAUAACUUAACCUCACUUUGUUCAGAAAGAAGCUAGGUACCUUAGAGGAUUCUGUAGUUUCCAGACGUUACGAAAAGGAUUUAGGACCCUAGGUUUAAAAAAAAAAAUCCCUGAAAGAUAGUCGAAGCGCCAUGUCAGGAGGGAAGUGGCAUACCCAGGCUAGGCCUAUAGGGGGAUAGCUAGGAGGUACAUAGGGGAUUCUGUAUUUACCAAAUGUUUCAAAAGGAUUUUAGAACCCCAGGUUUUAUAUAUCCCUAAAAUCUAGCCGAAGCGCCACGUCAAGAGGGAAGAUAGAUACCCAGGCGAUCUAGGGGGACAGCCAAAAAGUUUUUAGAGUACUAUUAUUCCUGAACUCAAGCCAGUCCGUCUUAUUAAGAUGGAAGCUAGACACCUAAGGGGAUUCCGUUGUUUCCAAGCGAGACACAAUAUUUUUCAGGUAGAGUUUAUCUCUUGAACCUAGUUGAACCCUUGGCGAUACCUAGGGGGAUAGCUAGGGGAUACCUAGACGAAUACUUAAGUACUUAGGAGAUGUUGUGGUUUCCAGUUAUUGCAAAAAGUUUUUAGGACAUUCAGUACUGUUUAUCUCUAAAACCAAGCCGAUGCGCCUCGUCAAGAUGGAAGUCAGAGUUAGUGGUAAAUUACCACUAACUAGCCAUGUACCCAGAGGAGUCAGUUACAGGAUCCUAGGUACUUUGUAUUUAUGAACCCUAAUAAUUGAAGCCUCUUGUCAAGAGGAAAUCGAGGUAUCCAUGAGUUACACCUUCUAUUACUAAGCAAUGCACAAAAACCAUCAGGGUUUUAGGUAUUAUGUUGUAUCCUUAAACCGUAGCAGACCUUUACCUCUUCAAGAGGGAGUCAAUCAAACAAGAUACCCAAAGGAUCCUAUUGUUUCCAAACGGUGCUCAAAGUUUUUCAUGUCCUUGAAACAUUCCUGAACCCUGGCUAUGCCCAACCUCGUCAAGAGGGAAGCCAUGUACCCAACGCUUGCAAUUAGGCUAUGAAAAGUUUUCUAUGGCUCUAGGUCUAGCCCCUGGCGAAGCGUUUUUCUUUUAUAUGGAGCUGUUUGAAGCCAACUCACCAAUUUAUCGGAAUCUCAGCUUACACUUCUCAUAACAAGAGCGCAUUUAGACAGAUAUAUAGUAUAUUUAUCCCUCUUUACAAGGCUCAGAGUCUUGUACACAAGGCUAACUUCAAUUUUGACAUAUAUCGUGUAACGGUCACGAGUGCAGAAAAAAUCCCAUACGCAUUUAUAUGUGAAAGUAAGAAAUUGGCUUCAACUUUGAAGGCCACUCGCCGGUGACUAGCUCUAAGUAUUACCAUAACCAAACUUUUAAAAUUUUUAAGGUUAUGUUAUUUUUUUAGGUUAUCUCUCAACUGAAAUCAUAUAACCUGCUAACUAAGAAAUUUCCUCCAUAAGCAAACUAUUAAGACUUAUUUAUUGUUUUUUUUUCUUCAACAAGAGGGUGCUAAAAGAAUUUUUUCUCACAUAAAAUUAUCUUAUUUGGAAGCAACAGAACAAUAUAUGAGCUUCAUUCAAUGUUGUUGGUGGGAGGAGAAAACAUUCACAGAUGCUGUUUCGGGCAAAAUAACAUAGUCAGCAAUUUAUAUUCACGAAAAUGAUGUGAUAAAUUUUUCAUGAUUCAUUGAUUUAUUCUCAUUGCUUUUUGCUUCAAACAAAUGACGAAAGAUGAUAACAAAGAGAGUGUAAAAAAAGGUGAUGGUCGCAAUAAUUAGUUUUUUUUUAUAUUUUGGAAAUUUUGAACGCUUAUUUUUCUCACAGAGAAAUUUUUGCUUAGAAAUCUCUCUUUAGGUUUAUUCUAUUUUUAUGGUUUCUUUUUUUCUUCUUCUUUCUCUCAAACAGGGCGAAGCGAACACUGUAAGAUUAGAUGAAGCUAGCAAGAGAGCUGGACAACUCUUGAGAAAUUAAUUUUUAAUGACAUAUUUCAUGGGGUGAGCUCAUUUACCAUUUCUUUUCCGUUGUUCCUGUCCUUUACACGAAAAACAUUUUCUUUUUUUUUGAUAAUUUUUUUUUGUUGAGGUAGCUCUAGAGUGAAAGUGAGAGAGAGAGCUUAUGUUGAAAAAUAAUACUCUUAAAAAGUCUCUGAUUCUUUUUGAUUCUGUUGAUGAAAGUUGUGCAAGAAAAAAAUGCAAAUUAGAAUAAAAGUUUUGCGUCAUUUUAAAGUUUUAGUGUCGCACCAGAUUGAGAGAUUUAAUUGGGAUGGGUUGAUGUCUUCUGGAAAAACCAAUUAGUUUGCUGAAAAGGCAUAAAUGGUGAACAUAACCUCAAAAAAAUUCAAGGUUUUCUUGGAAAGUUUCCUACAAAAUGAGGUUAUGUUUGAUUUUUGAAGGCAUGAGCUUUCAGGAUUAAAAUUAAUCCUCUUAAUCUGAAUAAGGCACUACUCAUCCAUCCAAUUUAUUGAUUUUUUUUUAAAUAAAAAGGUGGGAAUAACGUCAAUAUUGCGAAAGGACACAAGUUUAAUUAAUAAAUAGAAAAAAAUCGUAUGAAUUGAUGAGCAAAUUUUAAUAAAACAUUAUAUCAAUUGAAACAGCAGCAGAAAAUCUAUAUAUUUCUAUAUAUAAAAAGAAAUUGGUAGUAGAGGAACAGAGAAAAAAAUAAAAUUUGAAAUAAAUAUCCAUAUUAAAAUAUCAAACACAUUUAAUAUUUAUAAAUGAUGAAAAAAACAUACUUUUACUUCCUAUAUAAUUUGUGAGAUAAAAAAAAAACUCCAAUUGGUGCAGAUAACUCGCAACUAAUUCGACCUAUAUAAUCUUCAAUUGAUUGCAAAUUAUUAAAAAAAAGUAACAUCAAAAUAAUUACUUUUUUUGUCGACAUAAUUAAUAAUGUAGUGUUGUUAUUCGAGAUUAUUAAAAAAAAAAUAAACACAAAAAAUAAAAAUGAUAAAAUCAUUGCAAAAAAAAAUCUCAAAAAAAGUGUUAAUCUUACAUUUUAGAUUGUUUAUAAACAUUUUGAGAGAAGAAAAAAAAGGGGGAGUAAAGUGAGAAACUUACUUAAAAUUAUUAUUAUAGCUAAACAAGAAAAAAAUGAAAACGUUAAAUUUGCUAAUUGUUAGAUUAUUGAAAUAAAUAAUGCAAUAUGAUGAAGAAAAAAAAACAUACUUUAAAAACAAAUGAAUGAAUUAUUCUAAGACAUAAACGACGGAGAAUGGCUUAAUAUUGAGAUUUAAAAAAAAAACCGGGUGAAAAUAACCAACCUUAAAAAGAAGUAAUAUUGCUUUGUAAAUUGGAUGAGACUCAAAAUUGAAAGGUGAUUUAAAGGAAAAAAAAACAAUUAAUAAAACAAAUAAGAGAAUAAAGGCAAGAGAUAAUAAUGUGAAAUCCAUAUCACAAGAAGACACUUUUAAUCCGAAAGUAUCUUAAAUUUUUUUUCUCAAAAAAAAAAAAGAAACAAGAAAUAGCGUUUUCCUAUUUAAAAAAAAAAUGAGAAGAUAAAUCAUAAAAUUCUUAGACUUAACAAUGAAUAUUAAUAGAGGUUUACAAAAUGAAGAUGAAAAUAAAAGAUGAUAAAAAGAAACUUUUGAUGAAUAAAAAAAAAUGUGAAAAUUUUUGAUAAACCCACAGAGACACGCCUUAAGUGACAACAUUAGAAGUGAUUUUUAUCUUUUAUUUUAUCUUAUUUAUUUUUAAACACUUUUUUUAUUAAAAAAAAAGUUUUUAUCUCUUCCUUGCCCACAUUCAUUCAUUUUUAGAACAUAUUUAUUUUCUUUUAACUCUAAAAAACUUCAUUCAUUUUCACGACGUUUUCCAGCGUCAAUUUUACAAAAGAAAACUUUUUUUUUUUUCAAAUAAUCUGUUAGAGGAAAAUGAAAAAAAAAUGUGACGAUAAAACACAAAUUACACAAUUUUCUCUAUACAUGAAAUGCAAUAAUAUUUACAAUGAUGAUAAACGAAGAAAAAUUGUAGAAAACUUUCAAUUUAUUAUUUUUCAAAUUAACCACGUGAAAAAGAGAAAAAAAAACAUAAGAAAAUUCAUUUUCUGAAAACUAACCACCUUGGAAUCAUGAGAUUAGAAUUUUAUCAAGAAAGGGAAAAUAAAACUAUUUUAUCUCAGAUGAAAAAAAAAGAGAAAACAAAAAGUAUUCUUACAGUAUCACUGAAAAAAAAAUAUUCAAAAUAAAUAGUGGAAUAAAACACCUCAUAAGGAAAUGCAGAAAAGAAAUCCAUAUUCCGAGGAAAUUUCAUAAAUAGAAAAGAUGGCCUUAUUUUUGAAAUUUAGCUUAAGAGGUUUGUAGUGGAAAAUGAGGUUAUGUUGACCAUAACCUCAAAAAUAAUUCAAGAAGUGGAGUGGUGUUCUGUAUCUCGGUGUGCCGUUUAACAAAAAGACUGUGGGGAGACUGAAAGUGUGCUUUUCAGUCUCGUGGGAAAUUUAGUGCAAGAUAUAGGACAUUUCGAGGUUCUUGUCUAACAGGUUAUACCUCGAAUACUUAAUAUUCAACAUCAUUUAAUUUUUAUCCGAGAACAUGCUCUAUUUAACCUGGUUUGUUUACUUAUUCUAUGCGACAGUGUAAAUGACCUCAAUGAAAUCGUUUAGAUUGCCGCCUUAAAUUGAGACUAAAUUGUCCCAAAAUCCGAUUUUUAGGCAAUUCAUUCUUAAUUUAAUGUUAGCCUCAAAAAGCCGUUUGCUUUAGCAUCUUAGAUUGCGACUGAAUUAUCCCAAAAUCUGAUUUUGGGACAAUUCAAUCUUAAUCGGAUUUAGUGGUGUAAAUGACCUCAAGAAGCCGUUUAGAUUGCCGUCUUAAACUGAGACUGAAUUGUCUCAAAAUCCGAUUUUAAGGCAAUUCAAUCUUGAUCUAAUGUGUCGGUGUAAAUAGCCUCAAAAAUCCGUUUUGUUUGCCAUUUUAGAUUGAGAAUGAAUUGUCCCAAAAUCGGAUUAUAGAUCGCAGUUUAGGUUCCUGCUGAUACUGAGACCGAAUUGUCUGAAAAUCUGAUUUUGAGACAAUUCAGUAUUAAUCUUAUUUAGUGGUGUAAAUGACCUCAAGAAACCGUUUAGAUUGCAGCAUUAGAUUAGACUGAAUUAUCUCAAAAACGGAUUUGAGAUCGCAGUUUAGAUUGCCGCAUUAGAUUGAGACUGAAUUGUCCCAAAAUCUGAUUUUACGUCAAUUCAAUCUUAACCUGAUUUAGCAGUGUAAAUUACCUCAAGAAACCGUCAAAAUUGCCGCCUUAAAUUGAGACUAAAUUGUCCCAAAAUUCGAUUUUGAGUCAACUCAAUCUUAAUUUAAUGCAGCGGUGUAAAUGACCACAAGAAACCGUUCGAAUUGCCUCUUUAAACUGAGACUGAAUUGUUCCAAAAUCCGAUUUUGUGUCAAUUCAAUCUUAUUUUGAUUUAACAGUGUAAAUGACCACAAGAAACCGUUCAGAUUGCUGCUUUAUAUUGACACUGAAUUGUUCCAAAAUUCGAUUUUGCGUCAAUUCAAUCUUAAUUUAAUGCAGCGGUGUAAAUGACCUCAAGAAACCGUUAAAUUUGCCUCUUUUAACUCAGACUGAGUUGUCCCAAAAUCCGAUUUUGCGCCAAUUCAAUCUUAACCUGAUUUAGCGGUGUAAGUAACCUCAAGAAACCGUUCAAUUUGCCUGUUUUAACAGAGAAUGAAUUGUCCCAAAAUCCGAUUUUAUGUCAAUUCAAUCUUAUUUUGAUUUAGCGGUGUAAAUGACCUCAAGAAACCGUCGAAAUUGCCGCCUUAAAUUGAGACUGAGUUGUCCCAAAAUUCGGUUUUGGGUCAAUUCAAUCUUAACUUAAUGUGGCAGUGUAAAUGAUCACAAGAAACCGUUUAAUUUGCCUCUUUUAACUGAGACUGAAUUGUCCCAAAAUCCGAUUUUGCGUGAAUUCAAUCUUAACCUGAUUUAGCGGUGUAAAUAACCUCAAGAAAUCGUCGAAAUUGCCUCCUUAAAUUGAGACUAAAUUGUCCCAAGAUCUGAUUUUGGGACAAUUCAAUCUCAAUCCAAUGCAGCAGUGUAAAUUGCCUCAAUAAUGGCAGUUGAUGCAGCUAUUCUACGAUUUAAUACGCCUAUAAACCUUAUAAAACCAUUACUUAAAGAAUAAAGAGGUUAAAUUGCAAUUUGAGGUUAUGUGGCAAAUGAGAGCGUGCUUAAAGUUUGAAAUUCUUACAUUCCUCAGCCGAACGUAAAUUAUCUUGCAUUUUUUCUUUAGGGAAGUAAGAAAAGUGAUUUAUAGCUUUCGAAUGCAUGACUAUGGAUAAUGAGGAGAAAAGUCUUUUAGGGCGCGACAGGGGUGUUAAUCAUCUGAGAGACCUGUCGGAUAUAUUGCCAAAGGAACUCUGGAAGAAAUAACGCUCCUGGCGCGUCCGGAAGGAUUUUUUUCCUAUUUCCGGUUUCUCCGACUUAACAUCUUGUACACUUUCUCAAGUGCACUUGAGAAAUUUUCGAGCUGCAGAUAUAGAUUUUCAGUGUGAUUUUCUGUCGACUGAGAGAUUUAUGAACUACAAUUAUGCAAAUUCUAACCAUAAAAAAAUCUUAGGUUAGCGUAUGGGGAACUUCAAUAGUGAAUGCACUUAGUCCUCAAAAUAUCACCAAGGUAGAGACGGAAGAAUUCCUGUUUCCACCUAGGAUGGAUCUGAGCUUAUGAGGACCUUUUUUAAAUUGGUUUUUAAUGCUACUUACCCUCUUGAAAUUGCACUUACAGGUUUUUUAGGUUAGAAUUUUUAGGAGUGCAAAAAUAUUUUAAAAACGCGAAAAAGGACACAGAAUCAACUUAUUUGUCGUUCAAAGAACAAAACUUUCAAAACUCUGAUUUUUAUUCUACUUAUAUUACUUCUGUUUUUUUAAGGUUAUGUACUACCUAACCUCAAAUUCCGUUACAAAUCUUUAGCUAAACAUAGAAAUGAGGCUGAGAAUAUCCUGCUGAAAAAUUAAGUUUUUAAAAGAAUAAACAUAACCUGAAAGCUCCUUUUAGGUUAGAACUCAAAAGACAUAGGGUUGCGGCAUUACUUAUGGCCUCAUCCUAAUUUUUCUCACAAAAUUAUUUCGAAGAACCAAAAAACUUUGAUGUGCUAUCAUAACAAAUCAAAUAUUCCUGAUUUUAAGGUUUUUGAAGUCAUUUACCAAGGAGGCCAUACGUGUAGACUGAUUAUAAGUAAUGCCAUAGGGGGAACUGGGGCAGUAGUAAUCUGGGGUAGUUGUAACCACUGUGAUUUUUUUCAUUAAUUUUAAGACUCCAGAGGAUAAAACCCAUAAGCAUUCAUAGAUACCAUGGGGAUGUAUGUCCACAGAUAAAUUGGUCAAUAAAAUCCUAAUAUACUUUAAAAAUAAAAAUCAUUUUCAUGAAAAUGUUGAUAUUUCGAUUAUUUUGAUCAUUUGGAUUUCCACCUGGAAAUUAAAAAUUGUGUAAAAUAAUCGAAAUGUAGCAAUACCAGUUCUUUCCUACAUCUUUUAGGAUUAUAUUAAUGCAUUUACUAGAGAAAUUGAGAUUCUCAUUAUUUCAAAAGAAUUAAUAAUUGGUCAGAAAACAGCAUUUGGGGUAGAUGUAACCAGGCAAUUUCAAUUUCACAAAAUGAGUAGGUAAAAGAGCGGGAAAUUGACCUUCAUGCGAAAUAUCUAUAAUUCAUAGAUUACGAAAAAAAUGGUGGCACUGUGUUCAAUAAAAAGUCACAUGGUGUCAAAAUAUGGGGAAAAUCCAUUGAAAAAUGUCUUUGAUAUGCAUGCUUUUAGUUUUUUUGCUAUUUUAAUUAUUCUUUGUAAAAAGUGUCGUGAUUUUUUGAAAAAUAUGCAGUCUUUAUAUAUCUCUUAAGUAAUUAAAAUAAUCGAGAGUGGUGCAAAGUUAAUUUCAAGGGUGGGAAAAAAGGUGUUUACUUCCUCCCCAGAAAGUGGUUACUUCUACCCCAGGUAUUUUGUGAAAAGAGAAAAAUGCACAGGGACACAAAUUUUAUUUUUAUGGAAAACUCAAUUGUUUUCCAGCAUCCGCAUUACCCUCGACGAAUUGCCUAUACCCAAGGGUAAAACAUGAGCUAAGAAAUAUUUUCCAAAAAAAUCACGGUGUCCUUGGAAAAUCACCUCAAAUUCGCAUGUAUCGAAAAUGGUUACAUGUGCCCCAGUCUCCCCUAAUCAUAAUUUCCAGAAGAAAAUUUUGUAUAUAACCUUAAAGGUAAAAAAUAAGAUAUUUUGCCUUUAAUUGUGCGUGAUAUUUCAAGAUUUCGAGGUAAAAGAAGACAGACACCAAAAGUCUCCAAAAAAAACUCUAGGUUAUGUCAUUUCUCUUAUAUAAUCUCAAUUUUAAUCACAACCAUCUUUUCUAUUUAAGAAAUUUCCGCCAAAGACUUUGAAAGUAAAUUAAAAAAAAAGGUAAAAGUAGAUGAUAUUUUUGAUUGAUAAUAAAAAUAAACAUGUACAAAAGAAUAUCGAAAUUUUUUCGCUAAUUACUUAAAAAGGAAAAAUGAUGAAAAAAAAUCUAUGUCUCUUAAAUCUCUAAAUGUGCGUAAUUUUUGAGAGAGCAUGCAAAAAAAAAAAACAUAAGUAAGCUGAUAUUUAUUUUUUCUAAAAACAGUUUUUCUUGUGUAAAAAAUUUUCACGACACUUCUUUGUGCCCUAAAAAAAGACCUUUCUAUCAUACUUUCUAUUUUUUUUUUUGGUUUUUGUAGUGAAACCUCUUAAGACCUUUGAGGCAAUUUUUGGUCGUGUUAUCUUUUAUCAAUUUCCCUUCCCAAUUACUUGUUUUUUCGACUAAAAUUGUAUCGUACGGAAAGCAGAAAUUCUAAUUUAUUUUCUGAAAGAACAUUAAGGAAAAAAUAAUAAUUUUGAAUUAAUUUCUUAAACGAAUUUAGUAAGUAAUGAUUACAAAAUAUUUUUCAACAUAUAUUGUAAUUUAUUAUAAAGAAUGAUAAAAAAAACUUAUAAAGAAGUGAUAAAUACAAGAGAA